GAUCUCUCGAGAGAAAGAAAGAUGUAUGACUAAAGUGUGGUCACUAAGCUAAGUUUAAGAGAGAUAAGAUAAACAGAAAGAAGAAGAAAAAGACUGAAACUAAUUCCUCUCUCGGUACUGAGCCAACGAGGAAUGACAUCAUCAGUGAAGCUCCUCCCACAGGAAUCACAUCAUCAGUGAAGCUCCUCCCACCGUAGUUCACCAAUAAAUGCUGGAACAUCUCAUCAGUUCAGAAGAGAAGACGAGCAUCAAAUCACCAGAAGAGCUGAAAUCUGUCAAGUCUGAGUUUAUUAAAGAGGACAGAGAGAAGAUGAGAGAUCAAGAAGCCUCAACCCUCAGAAUCAAACACACUGAAGAUACUGAACAAACAGAGCUGAUGGAAGAGAACGAGAAGAGUGAAGAACUGAGUGAAGUGGAGGAGGAACAUUACGACAAACCUGGAGAAAAACCUUUGAGUCGCUCAAAGACCAAAAAUACAUUUUUAAAGAAAAGUAGAGCCAAGAAAUCUUUGACCUGCACUCAGUGUGGAAAGAGUUUGACAUGCAAACGUAAUCUUGAUGUUCAUAUGAGGAUCCACACCGGAGAGAGGCCGUUCACGUGCGAUCAAUGUGGGAAGGGUUUCACACAAAAAGUACACCUUCAAGGACACAUGAGAAACCACACUGGAGAGAAGUCAUAUGCAUGUGAUCAGUGUGAGAAAACUUUCACUCACAAACACAGCCUUGUUAUCCACUUGAGAGUUCAUUCUGGAGAAAAACCAUUCACAUGUGAUCAGUGCGGGAAGAGUUUCACACAAAAACCUCAUCUUACGGGGCACAUGAGGAUCCACACCGGAGAAAGGCCUUACCCUUGCAAUCAGUGCGGGAAGAGUUUCACGCAAUCAUCAUACCUUACGCUUCACAUGAAGAUUCACACAAGAGAGAAGCUGUACGCAUGUGAUCAAUGCGGUAAAACUUUUCUGUGGGCUUCAUACCUGAAGAAUCACCUGAGACUUCAUACAAAGGAGAAGCCACAUUCGUGUCACUUGUGUGAAAAGAGUUUUUCACUUCUACAACAUUUAAAAGAACAUCAAAAAAACCAUAAUGAUGUAAGAGAGUACAUGUGCUUUGAGUGUGAAAAGACCUUUACUUUAGCACGCUAUUUAAAACACCACCAGAGGAUUCACACUGGUGAAAAACCGUAUACGUGUUCACAUUGUGACAAGAGAUUCAAUCAGGCAGAAAAUCUGAAAACACAUGAGAGGCUCCACACUGGAGAAAAACCGUACAAGUGUUCACACUGUGACAAGAGAUUCAAUGAGGCAGGAAAUCUGAAAAGACAUGAGAGGAUCCACAGCAGAGAGAAGCAGGACAUAUGUGAUCAGUGCGGGAAGAGUUUCUCUGUUAAACACUUGAAGCAACAUCUGAGUCUCCAUGCUGUGGAGAAACCAGAUCACUACAAUCCACGUGAUGAGAGAACUUCCACAAAUCAAACAAGAGUUCACAGAAGAACCAGAGGACAGAGAGAAGAUGAGGGAUCCAGAAUCCUGCAGAAUGAACCAUCACGAUUCUGAAGAACAAACAGACUCGAUGGACGUGAACAAGAAAGGAAAAACCAAAGCCAAAAAAUCUGUCACCAAUAUUCUUAUGUAAAUCAAGCCUGAAGAUUCACAUGAAAGUUCACACUGGCAAGAACAGUGCUUUCACUCUGAAAUCAAGUCCUUUACCACAGAUAAUAAACAGAAAGAGCACCAGUAAGUCACAGAAAUGAGCAGAAACCCUGGAAACACAUGAAAGGAUUAACACUGGAGAGUUUCAUUAAAUAUCUAGUCUUCGCUCUUGAUCACUGUAACCAGAUCAUCUUCUAAUCCAGCAGGGUGACACCAGGGGGGUGAAUUUAGUCUAAAAGUGGGGUGGGGGUAUAAUAUUUUAUAUUAUAUAAAUAUAAAAAUUCUUAAGAGCAGUUGUUGAAGGGGACACAAAUAAUACAGCUAAAGUUGUACUUGUAAAGAAAAGUUUACACAGAAGAAUGCCGUACUACUAUUAGUGUUCUCUUGUUGGUCUGAUUGCAUCUUCUGUCCUCAUUUGUAAGUCACUUUGGACUGCUAAAUGAUUAAAUGUAAAUAUACCGUGCCAAAUUAAACAACUUCAAGCUGUCGUGUCCGUUAUACAUUACCAUCCGUCAAGCAGGUAACAUUAAUAUUGCUAACAUAUUUUGGCGGGGUUCCUCUGGUAAAAUUUUCAUGCAUUAUUGGGGUCGCUUCAACAUGCAGACAUGUGGCAAUACUUAGGUGACGUAAAAGAGGAAAGCAGGUGUUUGGACCAAAGCAUUGUGAGGCAAGGGCAAGGGAGGGGGAGUCUCGAAAUGUUUCUAAAUUUAAAACGUAUUUUUGGCACGUUUGCAUUUGUGUUGUUUUACUACUUUAAAGGUAAUUUAAAGUAUAAAAGGUUAUUUACAAUAUGCAGCAUGGUUUUUAAUAAUAUUUUUAGGGGGGAGAACCCUCAGAUGGAGGGGUCCUGACCCACCUGUGAUUUUCACCAAUGGGUGACACCAAAUGUGACACGAUAAAGACAUUUCUUCCAUCGAAAUCUGUCCUAAUCAGCUCCAGCGGAUGACAUGACAAAGAAACAUCCUCCAAAGUUAUCAAAAUUAAUCGUUACGUUUUUACCUUUCUUAAUGAGUUUGUAUCACUCAGUUCUUCUUUAUAAGUAUAGUUUAUUUUUUAUAUAAACUCAGUUUUCUUGUGCUGCCACAGUUCAGGGAGUUGAAGACUCCAAUAUCUAAUCUAAUCUAAUAUACAUUUUUAACUGGUUCUUUAUUGUUAUCCAUAAGACAUUUUGCUUCUCUUCUUCUCUUGAGAUGUUCUGGCCCUCUAAUACGUCAGUAAAGAAAGAGUUUGCUGUCAUUUUUUUAAACUUUUACUUAAUUUUUAUAUUUACUUCCAGUAAUAAUGGAUUAAACUCAUUUUAUCAACAUCUUAUUGUUAUUGCCUGUUUUUAAUUUCUUGUUGAUCAUGCUUGUUUCAGGAAUAAUUUCUUAGUUUUAGUUUCGAAGGCCGUGAAGUCUUAUGUUUGCUUUUGGGGAUUUCCAUGUCUUACAUUUCUCAAUAAAUGCCUAAUAAAUUUCAACAAAAACGUUGACUGACAUAAAAAUUUGUCGACUCACAGUCCCUUCUCUCAUUUAGUCAGCGUUGAGUCUUUAACAUUUUACAGGCUCAUUUCUGAAUUGGUUUCUGGGUCAGCAAUACUUUUCUAGCUUCACCAUUCUGAAAUACACAUUUAGUGCUGCAGGUUUGGAAAAUUAUUAUUAAUCUGAGUGAAAGUAGCUUUAUUGUUCAUCCCAAAAAGGCAAAAAAAUCACUUUCACUUAAGUGGACGAAGGUCUAAUGUGUUUAAGUCUCUUACGUGCUCUUCUGCAAAGUUCACUUAAUUUAUCAGGAUUCAGUUACAAUUUUUAUCUUAGUCUGUGUUGAAUCGGACUCCAAUUUCAAGUGAUCAUUAAAUUUAGGCUGUAUUUCUAAUGAAAAUCUGAUCACAAAUAUAGAUUAUGUAUUUAUUUAGAUAUUUGAUUAUUUUGGAUAUCCCAUACUUUUCAGUUAUUUGUUCAUCCAGGACCCAAUGUCUCAUUUGAGUGUCACAUGGCCUGUGUGGAUCUCCCAAUCACAAACUCGACAGUCUGGUUUUAAUCAAAGGAUGUAGGUUGACUAAUAUAUUUUAAAUGCCUGCUGCUUGCUUUUGAUAUAAUUUAUAGUGUAGUGUAGUUUCCCCUUCAACAGAAAUCAUAUGGUCCCACAUGAUGUGCCACAUGCUCCACUUUGAAGCUAAAGUAAAUUUAUGUAUGUAAUAUAAAACCUUAACGUUUCUAAUUUUGAGCUAUCUUGUAUCGUUCUUUUCAGUGUGUU